AUGGUUAAGUCUUAUUUACGGUAUUUACAUGAAACUACAUUCGGUACCGUUAAUUCUCCUCUCUGCAAAUCUAUAGAAUCCUUAUCUCCAGAACUCGUCUUUUCAGGUACCGAUGACUCCGUGAGCCUUUGGAACUGUAAAUUAAAUGAAAUAAAAAUCAAAUUUGACUUUAAAAAGGACGAAUAUAAUCCUUCAUCGCUUGUUGUUUGUUUUAUAUUAACAAAUAAUUCAAAAAGUAAUAAAGUAAAGGAGUCGGACUACAAGUAUUUGUUUGUUGGAUACAAAGAUGGGAUAAUAAGAAGAUUCCUAUAUACGAAUGAGCUUUUAGCAGAAAUAAAUAAUAGUAACGGUUUAAAUAACAGUGGAGUGUUGAUAGUAAACGAAGAUAAUGUGCUUAUAGGACAUAAAUCGGCGAUUACGUGCCUAUCACUGAGCGUAAACGAAGAGCUGCUGAUCAGCGGAAGUAACGACGGGAAUAUAUUGGUUUGGAGCGUGUUUGACGGCGAAUUACUGUAUAAAUUGAAGGGACACAAGAAUAUUAUACUGUCGACAGUUUAUUACUUUAAUGAUAAGCUAAUAUUGGGAUACAUAUUUAGUAUGUCGAAGGAUAAUAUGAUUAAAAUAUGGGAUAUAAUCAAUGAAACGUGCAUAAAUACAAUAAUAGAGCCUUUGUUGCAGUUCAACCACUUCAUUAUAAGCUCGGUAAGUAGAAUAUUUAAGGGAUUUACAAAGUAUAGAUGUAUAGAGGAUAAGUUAUACGUAAACUAUAAGAACAAUAAUGUCAUACACUGUUAUAAAAUCAAGGACCUGAACGAAGUGGGAUUGCUGUAUAAAAUUGAAAAUCAACACAACUACCUGAAGAGUAGUUCCACCCUCGACGAUGGUAGGAUAGAUCUGCUGUUUGUAGCGUACAACAAGCACAUAUACACGUACAAGUUGUUGAAUGACUCGGAAGUUGAAGUGCGAAGGAAUAAAAGACUUAGAAGAGUCAAUGAAAAGUUAAAGGUAAAAAUAAAUAAGCUUAAAAAGGUGUUGAAGAUGACGAACAGGAAGAUAGAUAAGGGUAAUAUGCCGAGUAACCUAAGGUCGCAAUACAAGUAUUUGAAAUCACUGCUGACGAAUGAAGUCAACGAGGGUGAGGUUGGAGCACCAAGUACUACAGCUAAUAACACCGAUGCCGCCAAUAAAGAAGGCGAUGAGAUGGAUGUUGAUGAAGAAGAAAAAUACGCACACGGAGACUACUAUAAGUUAUUACACAUAUAUAAUAUAGGAGACGACUUGAAUAUUAGUGCUACUGGUAGUACUAGUACAGCUGAUAUAGAUGAGGAUGUGAAUGUUGACAGUAGUGGCCAUUACAACGAUAAAGAUGUAGAGGAUGAUUAUGAAAAUGCCAUAAAUAGUAUUCAAAUUUAUAAUUAUUACACAGUGAUUAACUAUAACAAUAAUAUAACAAACGUAUAUAAGCUUAACCGUAAAGCAUUAUCAAAUGCGAUGAGGAAUAAAAAGUUGAAUAGUAAAAAGGGUGAGGAAGAAGUGGUUGAUAAAGUGGAUGCUGAAAACGCCAAUGAAGAUGUUUCUGAUGCAAAUGCCGAUGUUAAUGUUAAUGCUAGUACUAAUUCUAAUAUUAAUGAUAAUGCUAAUGGUAAUGCUAGUACUAAUUCUAAUAUUAAUGAUAAUGUUAAUGGUAAUGCUGAUGCUGGUAAGGUGGAGAGUGCUGAGGAUCGGAGCGUGUUGUUUGAAAAGCUGUAUAGGCUGAAUAAGUACCACAACAGUAGUGUUAAGCUGAUGAAACUGUCACCGGACAACAGGAAACUGUUGACACUCUCGAGAACUAAGAUGAUGAUAUUCAACACACAGAAUAACAACGUGGCUAACUACACGAGUAACCACUUCUACUACACUAAAAUUGACAACUUAGAAGAAGGCGAGGCCGUGACGCCAGUAGAAAGAGACAAGGAGUACGUGCAUAACGUGACGAAGGUGGUGUUUGUGAACAAUAACAACAUACUGUUGGUGUUGAAGAGCAAUAGACUGUUGCUGUAUAACAUUAACACCCACGGGUUUUAUCUAGUGACGUCACUGAAUAAUAUAGUAAACGAGCACCUGGGAACGGAGGAGUACCCCGGCGAUGGCCUCAAAAAUGAGAUAAUCAACGUGUAUUAUAGGAGUGAAAACCAGGAGGAGGCGCUGUUGAUAGUGUUUAAGUACAAUUGGGUUAAAAGGAUUAGCCUGAGCACAGGGAGUCUUGUGGCUGAGUUGAACACGAAUCAGCAAAUAACACACUCACAGGCCGAUGAAAAGUAUGUGUACCUGGGACUGCUGAACAAUAACAUAAUAAUCGCAUUUUACAACAGCUUGAAGAUAUACUCGACGCUGUUUGGUCACAGCCUGCCCUUGACGUCACUGGCAGUAUCGUCAGAUUUGAUACUGCUAGCGUCAGCGUCGCUGGAUAAGACGAUUAAAAUAUGGGAUGUUAAGUUCGGAAACAUACUGAAGAGCCUACUGCAGCACUCAAAAACAGUCGCACAGGUAGUUGAUAAGCAUAAAAUUAAGAUUAAUGCUAUUCAAUUCUUGAACAAUACUCACUACCUGAUAAGUAUUAGCCACGAUAACAAGGUGAAGCUGUACGACUGUGACGAGCAUGUGCUGAUAACAGAGAUAAGUAACUUCAACUACCCACUAACGCUAAUAGAAAUGAGCACAUAUAACCAGUUUUUCUAUAUAACAGGAAACAACUGCUACUGUGUGUCGAAGUAUAAAAUCAGCAAUGACCUCAUAUUCGUCGAGGAGGAACACGAGAAGCUCCAGGAUCAACAGUUGUCAAAGGAACUGAACUUAAACAGUAAAGUAUUGAGCACACUGGAGCAACUAAUUGAGAUAAAUUGCAUUCAGACUCUGGAGCUGGACGAUGAGAACAUUAACGAAAAGCUGAAGAACAUCAACAAUAUACUGAGGAACGUUAAUUAUAACCUGGUUUACAACAUGCUGCUGAGGAACGUGGUCAACCUGGAGUAUUUGAUAUACGUGUCACUGAUGAUCAGUGAAGUAUACCUGAAACAGUUCGUAAACAACAAGACGAACAUACACAAACUGAAGAAGCAGAUACCGCAGAUACUCUCAAACUACCUGGAAAUGAUACAGUUCAACAAAUCGGGACUGGAACACAUAAAAAACGUUAUGAUUAGCAAUAACAACAGCCUAAAGAGACUAAUUUAA